AUGGCUGCUAAAGCAUCUUAUGAAAACCAUGCUUACCUUCAACAUAUUGUCACUGAUAUCUGGAAGAUGGAAUUAUUGGGGUCUUUUGAUUUUUGGAAUGAUGCAUGGUCUUCAGAUGUCGAUCUUUCAUGGUAUGAACUCCCUGGGAUAGGAAAAGUGCAUGGUGGGUUCAUGAAAGCCCUAGGGUUACAAAAGAGUCUAGGUUGGCCAGAAGAAGUAACCCAUCGAACCAAAAAUCUAGAACAACCAUUAGCAUAUUAUGUCAUCAGGGACAUGCUAAAACAAGCUUUGAAAGCAAAUAACAAGGCUAAGUUUAUCGUAACUGGUCACAGCUUAGGUGGUGAACCUGCAAUACUGUUUCCAGCAGUUCUAAUGUCGCAUAAUGAGGUAGAGUUUUUGGAUAUGUCAGAGGGUGUGUAUACAUCUGGGCAACCAAGGGUCGGGGACAAAAGAUUUGGAAAGUUCAUGAAAGAAAAUUUGGAGAAAUUUGACGUGAAGUAUUAUAGGACUGUUUAUAGCAACGAUUUGGUUCCAAGAUUACCUUAUGAUGAUUCGACCAUGAUGUUUAAGCACUUUGGGACCUGUUUAUACUUUGAUAGCUUUUACAAUGGAAAAAUUAUGGAGGAAGAACCGAACAAUAACUAUUUCUCGCCAUUAUCAACUUUACCGAAGUUGAUCAAUGCAGUAUGGGAGAUCAUAAGAAGCUUUAUGAUUCCAUAUACACAGGGAGCCGACUACAGUGAAGGGUUUGUACUUAAGAUGUACAGAUUAAUCGGGUUGAUGAUUGCCGGAGUACCAGCUCAUGGUCUUCAAGAUUAUGUUAACGUUGUGCGUUUAGGAUCAGAUUUAUAUAAAGGUCCUAGGUCGAUCAAAGAUAACGAAAUAAAGCUUGUGAUCCACGAUGGAACCUUGAUGUAA